AUGUCCGCCAAUCCCGCCCAAAGACCCGUACAAAGCCAGGGUGUGAAGAAGACCGGCCUGAACGUCGUUGUGACGAACCGUUACAAGCACAGGAGUACAUCGCUGGCACAAGGACACCACAGGUACCACUCGGUCCCCUCAGGACCAGUAUAUGAGGCCCGUAGCCCCGAGAAAGGUGGCAACCACUCCUACAAACAGAAACUCAAGGGCAUGGGCAAAAAGAAAUCCGCCUUGGCCUUAACCCUUGCGAUCCUCGUUGGCAUAUCGUAUCUCGGCGGGAUCAUUCUCGGUACCUACGACAUCCGUCUCCGUGUCGGCUACUUUGGUGAAUGUCUCACAGUCGUCAACGCCACGACCAAUGGCAUCAAGGAAGAGAAAGAAGAUCCACAAAUCAAGUGCCCCUUCAACAUGCGCUCCUACGACAUCAACGACCUCGAAGAGGAAUUGUGGGAAGACUUCGAUUUUCCCCCAAACAGCACUGCUCUAGCCGCCGUCGAAGAGGCGGUCAAGCGAAUGCUUCCCAUGGUCAUACAGGUGCAAAAGAACGCGCUGUUACCGGCGCUUCCAGUCGUUGCUACCGCCUUCUUUUUGUGA